GCGAGCGAUCAGGCAGCGGCCAGAUGGAGUUCGAGGAGUCCGGUAUCGGGGAGGAGUGCGGGGUAUUCGGCUGUGUGGCUGCCGGUGAGUGGCCCACGCAACUGGAGGUGGCUCAGGUGCUCACCCUGGGACUUGUGGCGUUGCAACACAGAGGUCAGGAAAGCGCCGGGGUCGUCACAAGCGAUGGCGCCAGUCCACCGACGUACACGACCCUGAAGGGCAUGGGCUUGGUGAGCACGGCUUUCCCCUCCGAGGCUCUCGUCAAGCUGCGUUACGGCAACCUGGGCAUCUGUCACACGCGUUACUCCACCACCGGCAUGUCGGAGCUGCAGAACUGCCAGCCCUUUGUGGUGGACACGCUGCACGGGCAGAUAGCGGUGGCGCACAACGGAGAGCUGGUCAACGCGCUCGCCCUGCGUAAAAAGGUGAUGCGUCACGGCGUGGGUUUGUCCACCAGCUCGGACAGCGAGCUCAUCACCCAGCUGCUGGCUUUAACUCCGCCUCAGGAGGAGGUGGACGCACCCGACUGGGUGGCCAGGAUUAAAAACCUCAUGACGGCGACGCCCACGUCGUACUCGUUGUUGGUGAUGUUCAAAGACGUCAUUUACGCCGUGCGGGACCCCUAUGGGAACCGACCCCUCUGCAUCGGACGCGUGGUGCCCGUCUCCAAAUUACACAACUCAGGUGGCGGCGAGGCAGACACGGAGGGCUGGGUCGUGUCCUCGGAGUCCUGCAGCUUCCAGUCCAUCGGCGCCAAGUACUACAAAGAGGUUCUCCCGGGAGAGAUAGUCCAGAUAUCCCGACACGGAGUCAAGACUUUGAGCGUGGUGCCUCGUCGCGAGGGGGACCUGCCGGCUUUCUGCAUAUUCGAAUAUGUUUACUUUGCCAGACCUGACUCCAUUUUUGAAGGACAGAUGGUGUAUACUGUAAGACAGCGCUGCGGCAGACAGCUGGCCAUUGAGGCCCCGACGGACGCGGACGUGGUCAGCACCGUACCAGAGUCUGCGACCCCCGCCGCACUGGGUUACGCCCAGCAGUCCGGCCUGCCCUACAUCGAAGUUCUGUGCAAGAACCGCUACGUCGGGAGAACCUUCAUCCAGCCCAACACCCGCCUGAGGCAGUUGGGCGUGGCCAAGAAAUUUGGCGCCCUGACGGACAACUUUGCGGGCAAGCGGGUUGUGCUGGUCGACGACUCCAUCGUCAGGGGCAACACCAUCUCGCCCAUCAUUAAACUACUGAAGGAGGCGGGCGCCACACAGGUCCACAUCAGAGUGGCUUCGCCUCCUAUCAAGUUCCCCUGUUACAUGGGAAUCAACAUUCCCACAAAAGAGGAACUUAUCGCCAACAGGCCAGAGUUCCAGGACAUCGCCGGAUACAUCGGCGCCGACAGCGUGCAGUACUUGACCGUAGAAGGGCUCGUGACGGCCGUCCAGAAGGGAAUCACCUCCCUGCAAGGGGACAAAAUGAUCGACUCAACAUACAAGUCCGGCAGCAGAGUGGGGCACUGCACCGCAUGUCUGACUGGAAAGUACCCAGUCGAGCUGGAAUGGUAGACUGCCAAGUCAGUUUAAAUGUUACACUCAAUCUUGAGAUGAAAACUUUGUCCUUCUUACUACACUCGAGUGCCUCUACUGCUUCUGUUCUGGUUGUUGUUUAUCUGAGUUAUGUAAAUAUACCAUUAGAAUGUGCCCAAUUUUAUUCAACCAUAUUUGUUAGGUCAUAAAAAAAAAAAAGCAGAAACAAGCAACCAAAGAUUUUCCUUUAAGGUCAUUUGAGUUUUGUACUAAAAUGAGGCAAUGUGUAAAAUGUCCCUGUGGUCCUGAUUACAAUGCGUUAAUAUUCUGUUUUCCCACACAUCAAAUAAACUGACCGAAUUCA